UUAACUUCCUGUUUUACUCGGUAUGUUCAACAAAAAGUAUGGCAGCUCUCUUACAUUCAAUCGUUUUUCUAUCAGCUCUAGUCCAAGGAUCAGGUAUGGCAGCUCUCUUACAUUACAUCGGUUUUCUAUCAGCUCUUGUCCAAGGAUCAGAGUUCAGCACUGAGACUCUGAAACUGUUUGUUCUAAAGGGACAAAAUGUUCAUCUGGAUGUCCAAGGAUAUGCUAAAAUAAACAAUAUUGAGGAUUUAAAGUGGACGUUUAACAAAUCUCACACUUUAGUAAAAUACUCAAAUGAAUCAUCAACAGGGAAAAUAUACACUAAAUACCAAGGCAGGGUUGAGUUUUAUAAGGGAAACUUCUCUCUAAUACUGAAGAACCUACAGGAAGGAGACAGUGGACUUUAUGAGGCAGGAGUGAGUGGUGACGAAAACAAAGAUGUUGCCAAGUACCAGAUAUCAGUUCAAGAGAGAGUUGUGACACCACUCCUGACAGUGGACUCUAACUCCACCAUCAAUGCCACCUGUAAUGUGACUGUGACCUGCAGAGGUCAGAACACCUCUGUCACCUCCUGCUGUAACAGCAGCACCUGCUCUCAGGUGGGAGGAGAGAGUAGAGGGGCUGAGACCUCCACUGUCCCCCUGCUCUCUGUCUAUGUGGCAGGGGGUUCCAUCAUCUGUAACCACAGCAACCAAGUCAGCUGGGCCCCUGACACGAAGGAGAUCGAAACUAUUUGUGCAUCCAAAUCUAAACUAGAGAGGGACGAAGCGUACAACUACGCUGCCACAGUCUGGAAAGGAGGUCCUGUCGGCAUCAUCAUCAUCAUCAUCGUCGUCGUUGCCUGGAUUGCUUGGCGAAAGCCAAAUAAAGGUGGCAAAAGAGAAGUUCCAAACACAGAUUAUACUAUAGUUGGGACUCCAGAUAACAGCCAAGCAUGUGGUAAAGAGCAGGUGUCUCCAGGUCCAGCAUCACCCUCCAUCUACAGUAUGGUGGGACAUCCACACCAGCCUCCACCUGUGGACCUCCCCAUGUCCACCAUGCCCCCCAUGUCCACCAUGCCCCCCAUGUCCUCCAUGUCCACCAUGCCCCCCAUGUCCACCAUGCCCUCCAUGACCUCCAUGCCUGAGAGUUUAUAUUCUGUGGUCGGGCCCAACAAACAAUAAUCAGGCAUUUUUACAUCUUAGGCCGGGAUUCAAUUUUAUAAGAUCACCAUUUGUCGGCUAAGCAAAUUUUAAAGGUUCCCUCGUUCGUGGAGACUUCAUUCACAGUAAAUGUUGCAUGUGUCGGCUUAAUCAGAAAUGACCUUUCCAUUUCAGUUGCGCUAUAACCCAGAUCUUCCGCUGUCCAGACUGAAUCUAGCCGUUAUUCUCAAUAGCCCUGUUUAUACCUGGUUCUCACAUGUCCUUUGGCCUGAUCUUGUCAACUUUCUGAUUGUGCCCACAAGUUUAGACAGGUGUAGAUAAUCAAAAGUCAAAUUGUGAUCAGAUCUUCCUGCCCACCUCCGGAGAGGGUCAGGUGUCUGGAUAAAGUGUUGUAAAAUAUCCACACUCAAUCACGCAGUACAUAUACAGUGGCAAGAAAAAGUAUGUGAACCCUUUGGAAUUACCUGGAUUUCUGCAUAAAUUGGUCAUAAAAUGUAAUCUGAUCUUCAUCUAAGUCACAACAAUAGACAAACACAGUGUGCUUAAGCCUCUUAAGGAUCCGCCCCUUUUUUUCAAUUUUCACCUAAAUUGACAUACCCAAAUCUAACUGCCUGUAGCUCAGGCCCUGAAGCAAGUAUAUGCAUAUUCUUGGUACCAUUUGAAAGGAAACACUUUGAAGUUUUUGGAAAUGUGAAAGGAAUGUAGGAGAAUAUAACACAAUAGAUCUGGUAAAAGACAAUACAAAUAAAAACCCAACCGUUCUUUUGUAUUUUUUUGUACCAUCUUUGAAAUGCAAGAGAAAGGCCAUAAUGUAUUAUUCCAGCGCGGGUGCAAUUUAGAUUUUGGCAAGUAGAUGGCAGCAGUGUAUGUGCAACGUUUUAGACUGAUCCAAUGAACAAUUGCAUUUCUGUUCAAAAUGAUGUAUCAUGACUGCCCUAAUUUGUGCCUAAUUUGUUUAUUAAUAACUUUAUGUUCAAAAUUGUGCACUCUCUUCAAACAAUAACAUGGUAUUAUUUCACUGUAAUAGCUACUGUAAAUUGGACAGUGCAGUUAGAUUAACAAUAAUUUAAGCUUUCUGCCAAUAUCAGAUAUGUCUAUGUCCUGGGAAAUGUUCUUGUUGCAUUAGCCUACGUUAGCUCAACUGUCCCGUGGAAGGGACACCAAUCCCGAAUUAAACUAAUAACACACAAAUCAUUUUUCUUGUCGAUAUUGAACACAUAAUUUAAACAUUCACAGUGUAGGUUGGAAAAAGUAUGUGAACCCUUUGGCUAAUGACUUCUCCAAAAGCUAAUUGGAGUCAGGAGUCAACUAACCUGGAGUCCAAUCAAUGAAACGAGAUUGGAGAUGUUGCUUCGAGCUGGCCUGCCCUACAAAAAACACGCGCAAAAUUUGAGUUUGCUAUUCAAAAUAAGCAUUGCCAGAUGUGAACCAUGCCUCGAUCAAAAGAGAUCUCAGAAGACCCAAGAUUAAGAAUUGUUAGACUUGCAUAAAGCUGGAAAGGGUUGCAAAAGUAUCUAUAAAAGCCUUGAUGUCCAUUAGUCUACGGUAAAACAAAUUGUCUAUAAAUGGAUAAAGUUCAGCACUGUACUACUCUCCCUAGAAGUGGCCGUCCUGCAAAGAUGACUGCAAGAGCACAGCGCAGAAUGCACGAUGAGGUUAAGACGAAUCCUAGUGUCAGCUAAAGACUUGCUGUUGACGAGUCUACGAUAUGUAAAACACUAAACAAAAUUAGUGUUAAUGGGAGGACACCACAGAAGAAGCCACUGCUGUCCAAAAAAAAACAUUGCUGCAUGUCUGAAGUUCGCAAAAUAGCACACGGAUGUUCCGCAGCGCUACUGGCAAAAUAUUCUGUGGACAGAUGAAACAAAAGUUGAGUUGUUUGGAAGGAACACACAACACUAUGCGUGGAGAAGAAAGACACAGCACACGAACAUCAAAACCUCAUCCCAACUGUAAAGUAUGGUGGAGGGAGCAACAUGGUUUGGGGCUGCUUUGCUGCCUCAGGGCCUGGACAGCUUGCUAUCAUUGACGGAAAAAUGAAUUCCUAAGUUUAUCAAGAUAUUUUGCUGGAGAAUGUAAGGCUAUCUUUCUGCCAAUUGAAGCUCAACAGUAGUUGGGUGACGCAACAGGACAAUGACCCAAAACACAGAAGUAAAUCAACAAUAGAAUGGCUUCAACAGAAGAAAAUACGCCUUCUGGAGUAGCCCAGUCAGAGUCCUGACCUCAACCCGAUGGAGAAGCUGUGGCAUGACCUCAAGAGAACAGUUCACACCAGACAUCCCAAGAAUAUUGCUGAACUGAAACAGUUUUGUAAAGAGGAAUGGUCCAAAACUCCUCCUGACCGUUGUGCAGGUCUGAUCGCAACUGCAGAAAACUAGUUAUUGAAACCAAGGGUUCACAUACUUUUCCCACCCUGCACUGUGAAUGUUUACACAGUGUGUUCAAUGAAGACAUGAAAAAGUAUAAUUGUUUGUGUGUUAUUAGUUUAAGCAGACUGUGUUUGACUAUUGUUGUGACUUAGAUCAGAUCAAAUUUUAUGACCAAUUUAUGCAGAAAUCCAGGUAAUUCCAAAGGGUUCACAUACUUUUUCUUGCCACUGUACACACACAUAUAAUUACACAUUCACAUUUACAAACUCUUACAAUUACACACAAUGGUUAUAUGUGGACAAGCAAAUGGCAUCUCAGGGAAACCGUACAAGCCCAAGUGUACACACACACAUUCAGACACUCACACCCCGACACACACAUUCAGACACACACACAUUCAGACACACACAUAUCCCAAUAGAGACACACAGAAUAAAUACACUGACACAAUACUGAAGGGUUAACCUUUUACUGCAGUGGGUUAAAUCAGGGUCACACAGAGUGUUUCUUGGUAGUCUUAAAUAAAUCUACUUUCAAAAGUAUACACCUCACACACAUGGUUAUGGACUUAAACAAGAAGAAACCUGUACCAUGUCAGAUAUAGAGUUGAAAUGUAUUACAUUUUGAGUUUGCACUUUAUAUACAUCACAGAAGAGUGACAUUUAUCAAAACUGUUUGAGAUAGAAACACCGGACAUUCGUCAUAAAAAUAAAUAUUUAAAAAAUAAUUAUGAAAUUCAGAAAAAUAUGAAUAACAUUCCACUCAUGAGGCCGCUAGAGGGCGAUACGGUUAUUUGACUGCAGGAAAGGUCUACCAAAUGAAUGCAUGCGUGUAAGUCGCUUUGGAUAAAAGUAAAAUCUAUAUAAAUAUAUUAUAUUGUUUAUGAACAAGUGAUUAAACGAUUAAAAUACAUGAAUGACCUGAAGUGACAUGUAGCUAAAUAUAGGUUUGAAUGACAUUUAACAUUUAACAUUUACAUUUAAGUCAUUUAGCAGACGCUCUUAUCCAGAGCGACUUACAAAUUGGUGCAUUCACCUUAUGACAUCCAGUGGAACAGCCACUUUACAAUAGUGCAUCUAAAUC